CUUUUCUGGAUUCUUGAAGGCCAUCAAAUAAAAUGUCCUCUCGAAUUCCGCCGCUGCUAGAACCGUACUUGGCUCUCCCUCCUGAAGCAUCUCUUGUCCUCUUGACGAGCGUGUUGGGAGCAAGCACAAACUGGCUUGUUCUGAGAUUUCUCCACAGCGCCUUGUCAGAAGUCUCUUCGGGAGUAAGUCCAGAAGAUGAACCGAAAGUAUUGCUGGUGAGCUUCAUGCUCGAUCUAGCUUUUUGGAGGGAGAAUGCUAGGAGACUAGGUCUUGAUCUUGAUAAGUUAGCUGCGAAGAAGAGAUUUGUCUUCGUGGAUGGCUUGAGUGGGCUGUUUCUUUCCAAGCAGCAGAAAGCAAGUCCAGCAAAAGGUGGGAAUGUAACGCUCAGUAACUCUGGUCUUGAGAGUGUUUCUGAGGCUAUACACAAUGAUGCCAAGACUUUGAGACACAGUCAAGGGACGACUAAAAUUAUGUUGAUUGUGGACCAAUUGGAUCUGUUGUUGGCGGCUGGAGGUGAUGCCGUCAAUGCUGUGGGCCUUGGAGACUUGUUGUUAGGCUUGCGUGAGGAGGUACAUUGCACCAUAGUCUCUCUUUCAGCAGAUCUUCCUCUUGUUUCAAAUCCUCAGACUCCAUUGGAAGCAAAUCACGCUGCUUUCUUGAUAAGCACCGCACACCAAGCAGAUUUCACUAUGAGUCUAAGAUUGCUGGACACUGGAACAGCAAGAGAUGUUAGUGGUGUUGUGAGAGUCACAGUCGGAGAUAGGGCAACGGAAGAAGACGAGGAUAUCCAAAGAAAAAUCGAGGAAAAGGAGCUGUUGUAUUUCGUGGGAGGCGAUGGAGGGGUAAAGGUAUUCGAGAGAGGACAAUGAUGCUGGAACGGAAGGAGUCGAAGUAGCAAGAGUGAUCUUCAAUAUGACUUGAAUUGCAACCGAAAGUACCAUCAAUACAGACUUCGCUCUCCCCAAUGUAGCCCAGUUCCCAUUGCACAAUCGUAUUCUUCCGUUGACCCUUGAUUUCACGUC